CGCGUCGACGACGUCUGACUUCGCGUCGACCGACGACGACGAUCGACGAUCGAGCGAGCGACGAGAUCUCGACGGACGCGACGCGAACGGACGCGAGGCGAUGACGACGACGACGACGACGACGCGUUCGAUGGGAAUCAUCGGACGCGCGCGGGCGACGGAUGCGCUCGCGCGACGACCGCGCGCGACGCGCGAGCGCGUCGCGCGACGCGCGGGGGGCGUGAUGACGAGCGCGGUAUUUAACUUUGGCGGUCCCGCGGCGGAGGAGAGGAAGGCGGCGGUGCGGGGGUACAUGGACGCGGGAUCGGGCACGCAGAAGAAGAAGAAGCCGACGUUCGUGUUGCCCAAGAAGGUUGCGGCGAAACCUAAGCCCAAGGCGAAGCCUAAGCCCAAGGCGAAGCCUAAGCCGAAGGUCGUCGCGAAGAAACCCGUCGCGACGAAGAAGCCACUGUUCGCGGCCAAGGCGAAACCGCUCGUCAAGAAGCCCGUCGCGGCGAAGAAGCCGUCGUUCGCGGCGAAGAAGCCGAUCGCGGCGAAGAAGCCGAUCGCGGCGAAGAAGCCGAUCGCGGCGAAGAAGCCGAUCGCGGCGAAGAAGCCGAUCGUGCGACGCAAACCAAUGGUAGCGAGCAAACCGAAACCGAAACCUUUCGCGCGCAAGCCGGCUCAACGCCCGGUGCGACGCUCGGCGAGCUCAAAGUCGCUCAAGGAAACAGCCGAUCUUGGCUUCUACGCCAUCAUCGCCGGCUCCUUUUUGUUAUCCGUGGCCAUCUUGCCGGGUAUCGCGGAUGUCGCGCUGGAAACCAUUGGUAUCGCUUACACGCUCUACUUCACCUACAACUACUUGGCGUUCGAGGAGAGCCGAGAAAAGUUCAAGAACACUCUCGAAAACAUCGAAAGCGGCACGGGCAUUGAUAUCCCGUCCAUCUUCGACAGCACGAUCGAAAGUGCAAUCGUCGAACCAGCCCCGAGCUUACCCCAAGAAGGAUCCGGCACCGACGCCAGUCGCCGAUCCUACCCCCACUUUAGCUCUUGUAGGGACGAAACAGCAAGCAUCAACGCACACAACCUUUCUGCCUAAGAAGAUCUUGGUUAUUAAAACGA